AGACCGACGGCGCCGGGUGGGUGGAGCCCCCGGAGGAGGGAUGCUCGCGGUGGAAGGAGGGGACGCGGCUGCCCUCCGGUGGGAGCGGGACCCCCCCUGCGCCAGGCCGGAUCGCGCCCUGCCAAGCGCCCGGCGGGGACAGAGGAAGGAUGUCAAGAUGGUUCCUAGAAGCAGGCAAAUGAUGAUGGCGCUCGUGGAUACUGUACAGCAGAAACACCAGAUGCAGCUACACAGGGCGAGCUGUUUUAACACUGGGACUGUACUGCAGACGUCCACCAUGGAAGACUUGGAUGGACCUUGUUCUGUUGGGCAAGCGCCGCCUGAGGUUGUUCGUGGCUCAGAGACAACCUUGCCUGAAAAUCAUCUCCCAGGAGCCUUUGAGCAGAGUUCCACAGCACAGACUCAAACUCUGAGAGAUUUUGAGAAGCACCUCAAUGACUUGAAGAAGGAAAACUUCAGCCUCAAGCUACGCAUCUACUUCUUAGAAGAACACAUACAGCAGAAGUACGAAGCCAGCAGGGAAGAUGUCUAUAGACAGAACAUCGAGCUGAAGGUAGAUGUGGAGAGCCUUAAGCGAGAACUCCAAGAGAAACAGCAAAUAUUGGACAGAGCUUGGGUGGCAACAGAAAAACUGAGCAAUCAGAAUGACAGUGACACCUGUCACCAGGAAAAGAAUGACUGUGCAUGUGAUAUCCUGGAGAAGAAGAUUCAGCUAUUGCAAGAGGAGGUCGGGUCAGCGAGGACCAAAGCAGAGACAAUGGCAACUCUGGCUGAGGCUGAGAAGGAACGCCGCCUAGAACUCGACAGGCAGCUGAUGGAGCUCUCCCAGAAGCAAGAUGAGCAUAGAAAAGACCACGCUCUUCUGGAAACCUACUGUGUUUCUUUGGCUGAGAAGGACAAGAAGAUUGAGGAGCUGACGAGGAAUCUGAGAGACAAGGAGCAGCUCCUGGGGCUGCUGUCAACAGAGAAGCAGAAUCUGCUGCAAGGCCUGGAGGAGCCACAGAAAAUGGAAGUACAGAAUUUGUAUGAGGAUCAGGAGCAGCUGUCUCGAUGUGACUUGCACCUGGGCAAACAAACAUCUGAAUUAAAUAAUGCAGAACUGCUGGAAAAAAUCAGCUCCUUUGGUGCUACCAAUAAGCAGCUUCAAGAGAAACUGAAUGAGAUCAGUUUUGAAUUGAAAUCUGUUCAGCACACAUCAUGGACUCAGGAUCACAAAAUCCAGAACCUGACUGAAGUCUUGAAGAGCAAAGAGAAUGAGUCUGAAGAACUGAAUUGUGUGAUUGAAAGGCAGAAUGAGACAAUAGCUAAGCUACAGGAGAUGCUGCAUAAAAGCCAGCUUGGGCAAUUGAAGAUCUCUGAAGGUACUUCUGCAUCACAGCAGCAGCAAAUAGCACUUCUUAAUGUGCAGAACACACUUUUCUUCACUCAGCUGGAAGUGCAGCGAUUGAAGAGGAUUCACCAGCAAAAGGAUCAUCAGUUGGCUGAGGCAAGACAGACCACCCAUUUUCUUGAGUCAUUGUUGCAAGAGGAACAGCAGCAGAAAGAGGCAGCGUGGAAACACAAUAAGGAGUUGUGUGCUACUCUUCAGCAGCUAGAAACAGAGUUGCAGAACAAGAACUGCCAAUACUGUAUUUUGGAGAGGGGAAAAAUGUUGGAGAUACAAAGUCAAGAGCAAAAAAUUAAACAUUUGAGCCAAAAGCUUACUUACAAAGAACAGCUUCUUCAGGAAUCUAAGGAACUCCUCCAGUAUCAUCAGAACAGGGACAAGGGCCCCACAUCUGCUGAUAAAAUGGUGCAGAAAUUGCAACAGCGACUUAAAGACAGAGAUGCUGCCCUGGAGCGAGCAAUAGAUGAAAAGUUCUGUGUGCUUGAAGACAGAGAGCAAGAACUGCAUCAACUUCGUUUGUCUGUGAAAGAGCGGGAGCGCGAUCUGGAAAGCCUACACCAAGUCCUAUCCAAUAGCAAGGCUACCAUUCAGGAUCUGGAGAGCUUGCUGAAAGCCAAGAACCUGGACCAUGAACACCUUUUGAAAACCCAUCAGAAUUUGCAGUGGAUGAAAAAGGAAAUGGAAGCAAAAUCUCACAAAUGGCAGGCAAAACAAGAAGAAAUCAUCCAGCAGCUGCAGACAGCUCUGUGUGAUAGGAAUAAGGAAGUGGAAGCAUUCUUGACAACACUGCUGUGCAAGCUGCUGCCUGGGCAGAGAGGCGUUGUGGAAGAGCUGUAUCUCCGCCUGCAGCGGAAAGAGCAGAUCAUUAAGGAACUGCUAAGUACCAAAAGCCUGCAGGCUGUAGAACAAGUGGCUGCACUUCAGGAGCUGCUUCAGACAGUGUUCGCUAGAGAACAGCAGCAUCAUGUAGCAAGACAAAGUUCUGGCGAGACCACCACUGCCAUGAUUGCAGAAAGGGGAGAUGUCGGGUCCAAGGCACAGAAAGCUGUAUUUGAAACAACCGCCGGACUUGAGAAGGAACUUUUUAGUGCCAGGGAAGAGCUUGAGCUGUUGACCCGGAAGGAGAGGGAAAGCAGAGUGAGUCUGAGGAGUCUGAAGCUGGAACUCUCUGCUCUUCAGUCUUUGGUCACCUCUCAGGAAGAGGAGCUGCAGGUUCAGGCUUCUGAUGUUGAAUCUCUCACUAGAAGUAACCAGAUCAAGGAAGAACUCAUAAAGGACUUGCAAAUGCAGCUGGUUGACCCUGAAGAAAUGCCAGCAAUUGAGCGACUCACCCAAGAGGUUUUGAUGCUUCAAGAAAAGGUAGCUCAGUUGGAAUCACGAGGACAGGAGGCUUCAGGAAGCAGGCAGCUGCAGCUGGUGCUGGCGCUGGAGGGCCUGGCAGCAGAGAGGAAUCAGCUGAAUGAAACCCUGAAGGCAGAAAAACAACUCUACAGCACUUUGGUGAAGCUUCACAAUCAUCCUGAUAGAUCUAGGACAGAAGAGACCCUACAAGCAGAGUUGGAGGCAGUUCAGGCCCUCCGUGGACAACUGGAAGAGGCGCUUGGAAGAAGCCUGGAGCGCCUGAGCAGGCUGGAAUCACUGGAUAGCUUUGGAGAUUUAACUGUGGCUGAGGAUGCUGAGGAUGGUGGCACCGAGUUCACAGACAGUAUUGAAGAGGAGGCAGUACAGAAAAGCACUCAUCAGCAGAGCACGAUGGGAGAUACUGAUGACAGAUCGGGGAUCCAUUCCAUUUGCCCAGCUCUACCUUCCCUAACAAGGGAAAACAGUCUUCAGACGGAGCUGAUUUCUGCAAAAUGUGAGAUUCAGGAUCUUUCAGAGCAGAAGAAGAAGCUGGAAGAAGCACUACGGGAUCUCAAGGGGCAGAUUGAGGAAGCUGGGUUCUCUUCAAUGUCUCAACUCAGGAAGGCCCUGCUGAGCCUCUGCCUAGAGAAUGCAGAGCUCAAAGAACAAAUUGGAGAAGCCACGUUGUCAGAGGGUUGGGAGAAUGAAGACGAAAAGGAAGAUGAAGAAAACCUGAGGCUGGAAGUCAGGAAGCUGCAAGAGAAGCUACACACUUCGGAGUCUGUCAUUGGCCUCCUCAAAGAACAAUUGACUCUAAGCAGCCAAGCAGGUUCCAUCGUUGAUCCCUUCGAACAUGGCUGGUUCCCUGGUAGUGCUGUGGCACAGGACGUUAAUCAGCUGCAGAUGGUCAAGCACUGCCAGAACAAGGCCCCACAAGGGUCAUGUUCACCACCCCAAGAGGUGGAUUCCAGCCCCAUGCAUAGUUCAAAAGGGACCCAGGUGGAAAAAUGGAGAACCGUACAUGGUUCGAGACAGCAUCUCAUGGAGUCAUCCCAGUUGCUCCACUCAGAACUGCCUCAGUGCAAACAGCAAUGUCAUAAACUGCGAGGCAAACUUUUGGUUUCACAGACCACCAUCCAGGCUCAGAUGGCUCAACUGGCAGAAUGCCAGGCCUUGCUCAGUGAGCCCACAGUACAACAGGACAGCAAGCUGAUACAAGUGGAUCUCCAGGACCUGGGCUAUGAGACCUGUGGGAGAAGUGAAAACGAGGCUGACAGGGAAGAGGCCACCAGUCCUGAAUGUGACAAUCCUGCUGAGGAGCUGGAGACUUGGAAGAAGUUGCUGGGCUCCCCUUCAAGUCAGCUGGCGAAGGAGGAGUCCCUCCAAGAUGCCAGCCAGUCUGAGGACACCACCACUCUCCGCCAGCAGGUCCAGGCCCUCCAGCGGCAGCUCCAGAGUGCCCAGAAAGUCAUCCAGAGCUUACAGAACCGUGUGCCUUCCAUUUCCACCACCAGCGACUACGCCUCUGGGAAUGAGCAGCACUCGUUAAAGCUGAAGCAGGAUUAUACCCUGGGCAGCUCUCCUUCCCACAGUCUCACCGAUGAAGAUGAAGGCUGGCACUCAGACAGCUUUGGGUCUCUCUGCCCCCAAAAUCUCCGCCGCAACCAGGAUCUGGCCAGACUUAUCCAGAGGGUGUCACUGCUUGAGGCUCACCUGGGAGAGGCUAAGCCAAAGAUAACCUUGCAAGAAGAAAUGAAACCUACAGCCUCCAUGGGGAAAUAUGAUUCGUUGGUCCAAGCUCAGGCCCGGGAGCUCUCCCACCUGCGCCAGGUGAUGCGAGAGGGACAAGGCAUGUGUCGCAUGCUGAACCAGCACUUCAAGAGUACCAUCAAGUCCUUUGAGGAGCUCCUGCGAGGCACUGACAUCGAUUACUUUUUGGGACAGAGCUUCCAUGAGCAAUUGGUACAAGGAAACCAGCUGGCAGGACGACUGACUAGGAAACUGAACAGUAGGAAUGACCUAAACAUGGAGGACAAAUCAAGUCAUGAACUACUUGUUCUGAGACUUAGCAAAGAGCUCCAGGAGAAGGAACAAGUCAUUGAGACCCUGCAGGCCAAGCUUCAAGCACGCCCAGUGACCCCAUCCAGCAGCCAUACCAUGUCAGAGUCAUCCCGUGCUGGCAGUAGCACCUCCUUUCUCUCUGACGGCCUGGAAGACUGCUCAGACAUGGAUGACGUCACCGAGUCCAACUCCUACCAGGAGGACCCCAACGAAGGACAGUUUCAUGGCCUCUUAGACAAAGACCUUGGUAAUCUUUCUGACAAAGCAUCAGCCCAGCCAUCUCACCCAACCUCUGGCACUACAUCACCUACUGCUCCAGCAGAAUCCCUGCAAAGGAACCUUGCUGUACUUCCUCCCCAAAAUGCUUUGAAGAUUCCCAGAGGCCUCCACCCUGAUUCCUUGUCCAAGCCAGCUAGUUUCCCUUUUUUCCCAUCUGAACUGCGGCUCUGCUCCUUCAUGCCUUUGGGGCCACCUCCUCCUCCUCCUCCUCCUCCAGCUCCAGCUCCACUCAUUGGCUGCUGCAGAACAGCGGUCUUCCCAUUGGUUGAAGCACAGCAGGAGUUGCAGAUGCUGCAAAAGCAGCUGGGAGAAAGUGGAAAGACCCCUGCCCUGUCAUCAGUAAAUCCAGGGUCACUAGCUGGGCCUUUUUCUGCAGGCAACCCUCCUAUCUCCUCCAAGGCUUGCCUUAAGGCCUACCAUCAUGUUUCUCAGCCAUUUCCCAUGCCAAACAUUACUGAAUGGACAACAAAACCUAGGACUGGGAUAGCGGACAGCAGCCCCCCUUGGCAUAUGCCUCCAUUCAGACAGCCUCAAGAGAAAUCCGUCCCAGGAAUCUUACCACCGUGUUCUUCAGGAACAUUUUCCAAACAGAAUCUCUCAGGUGCUGAUUUGCUGGAAGAACAUCUGUCUGAGAUUCGGGUACUUCGCCAGCGCUUGGAGGAGUCCAUCUGCACCAACGAUCGGUUGAGACAGCAACUGGAGACUCGCCUGUCCUCAGUGCCAAAGGCCAAUAAGUUGGAGCACUUACAGAAUUCACUGCUGGCAUCACACUCCCAUCUGCAUGAUGGCAACGUUGUCCUGGAACAGCAGCGACUUCAGCAGCAGCGGUUGCAGGAGGAGAUCCAAGGCAAGCAACGAGACCUUGUGCAGCUCCAGGAGGAGUUCUUGGCUUCACAAAUCAACAAUUCUAGGCUUAAAGACAGAAUGACGUUACUGCAGCAUCAGUGUGAGGAAAACCAGUUACUCCUCCAGGCCUUGCAGGCUGAAUUGCGUGUCUAUGAGGUGUUGCACACUGUGCCAAUGGAGAAGGCAAAUAGAGAAGCACAGAAGCAGGACAGCCUCAUACCGGUAGAAGGUGACAACAAACAGGGCAACCAGGUCAUCGGUCAUCUCAAGGACUAUAUCUCCCUUAAGGAACAGAUUCAGGAGGGAAAGACCCUGAUCCACAAGAUGUCAUCAACUCUAUAUCCUGGCCUGGAACAAAAGAGCAGCGGCAAGGUUUUCGGUCAAGAAGUAACCAGGCAACUGCUUGCGACUGUGACCUCUUUGCGCCACACCCUGGAGAAGUCAGCUUGCCUUCUUUCGUUGUUCUCAAAAGCAUCCCUUCCUGAAGCUCAAAGCUCUGCACAAGUACAGCAGGUUCAGAGUUCAGUGGCGAAAAUGACUUCCGUUUAUCCAGUCUGUUGCAGCCAGCCAGCCAAUCUGCAUCACUUGCCUUCAUCUAGGACUCAUACACAGGAACAAUCAAUGAAGGAGGAGAUCCAGGUGCUGAAAGCUAAGCUGGCUGAGCAAGAGAGUCAUCUGCACACUGCUAGGCAUGUUAAGGAAAGCAUGGAAAACUUCCUCUUUACUCACCUGACAAGGACACAUGAUGUGCUGAGGAAAGCAAGGACUAACCUACAGGGAAUGAGUCAACUGCCUACACCUAUCUCUUCCAUCAUGUGACUAUAAGUCUUGCAUGAACUGUGAAGGAACAGGAGGAAGAGGAAGAAAACCAGCUCCUGCCAAUUCCCUGCUCCUACCCAAGCCAGACAUCAGAAGAGGCCUGCUUAAGACAUCCGAAACUCAGCAAGUCCUGCCUUUCAGAAUUUGUCCUGGAAGCUACUAACUUCUGCUGCUUUAGAGCGAACCCCCUAUGGAGUCAAGGGGAUGAUAAAGACCUGCUUUCUCACCUGCCUCCACAUGUGCUGCUAGAGACCAGCUUGGAAUUUGUUUGGAAACACUCAGGCUACCAGUGCAAUAUUAGAUUUAGGCCAGACUACUACAAUAUGUACUGAUGUCAGAUACGGGUAUGUUAAAAAAUAGUAUCCUCCAAGGAUACGCUUCAAAGCUGCCAUGGAUGCUUUGGCAGGACGUAGUCAGUUCCAGCAUAGUCCUGCCGAAGUUUGUUUAUGCUGUUACAAUUAUAGAUCAGGGUGUAUUAUGUUCUAUUAAGGCUCAGCUUACCUUGUGCCACAGAAAGUGUGACCUUAACAUAUAUUCUUUGAAAGUGUUACUGUGCUAGAUUAUUGGGGAGGGCUGUCUUAGCCCGCUUCAGCAGACUCUUCACUUAGUCAUGUUCACCUUUUUAAGCUGCAUCUGAACUACUGUAGGUCGCGGCCACCCUUUCCUUUCAGCACUUCAGUUGUUUUCAGGACUAAACGAUUUCUUGUCAUUGCUUUGGAGUUCAGUGGACGCUGAAAGGUAGUCCAGUUUAUAUGUAAUGCAGCUACCAUUUGUGAAAAGGUUUGAAGGUCUUCCUUACAGCCUUUCUUAGUCCUGUAAGAUGUAAAGAAAGGUGUGAAGGGCUAAGUGGGGGGAAAUGUCAUGGAGAAAGAGCCUCUACGUAAAUUUGUAGAAAGAAAUUAAGUUUUUCUUCCCUUCUUAUGAUCUCAAUUCCCAAUAAACCUUUUUUUUGUAAAAAAAAUGUCUCUCAACUUUGCAUUUGUUAGGAAUUAACACACAAACCGCAUUGUUUUUCUCUGUGUAGGACCAGCCAGCGCAGGUUCCUGAAGAACCAUUUUGGCUUUGGCAGAAGUUUGGGCAUUGCAGUGGAGGGUGGAGAGGGAACAGCCCUGUCAGUUCUCUUGUGUCUCUCUCUAUAGUGCUUAGACACCAUCCAAAUAUCUGGAUCACCAGCUUUACAUAGAUGUUAAUCAGCAUAGGAGAAAUGAUAAAACUCUCAGGGGACCCCAUAACAUAGGGUCCCGGGGGCCACUAUAGCCUCUUCGAGCUGAACUUUCUGCAUGUGGCCUUCAAGA